AUGACAAAACUGCGAGUUGGAUUUAUUGGCUAUGGACAUUUGGGUAGUUUUUCUGUAAUUAUUUUGUUUCAAAAUACUGUUUCCCAGGUAAAUUCUUGAUCUCAAAGCUCCGAGAGUUGCCAAAUGAAUUCGAAAUUGUCAAAAUCUGGAAUAGAAGUGUCGGAGAGCCCGGCGUCCAGGGAUUGGAAACCCUCACAGCAGAGAACUUGAGGUUCACUGACUUUUUCUAGUUUUCCUUUGAAUGUCAUUCAUUUCAGUGACCUGGACCUAGUGAUUGAAGUAGCUCAUCCUAAAAUCAUUGCCGAUUUCGGAGAGCUCAUUCUGGAGCACGCUGACUUGUUCGCCGGUUCUCCCACGUGUUUUGCCAAUCAGGAACUUUUCGAAAAGUUGAAAAAUUCGGCGGAGACAUUCGGAAGAAAGCUUCUGGUGCCGGCCGGAGCACUCUGGGGAGCCAACGACAUUCAGAAAAUGGCGGAUGUCGGAAGCCUGAAGGUCUGUGAAGAAGUGUGAAUUGAUGUUACUAGAACAAGGAGUCAUAGGGUCUCACGGUGACAAUGAUCAAGCAUCCGACAUCUUUCAAACUUGGCUCUCCGCUCUUCGAAAUCAACGAGCAGGCCAAGCUGAAGGAUACCGAAGAAACUGUACUUUACGAAGGUGAGCAUAUGAGUAUACAAUAUAUGAAUUUCUCUAUUCAGGAUCGGUCCGUGGCCUGUGUCCGCUGGCGCCGAACAAUGUGAACACGAUGGCGGGAGGAGCGAUUGCUGCGAGCAAUUUGGGCUUCGAUAAAGUAAGGGCGAAACUGAUUUCGGAUCCGAAGAUGACCGAUUGGCACGUGGUGGAGGUGCGCGUGGAAGGGGACGACGGUUUCGAAGUGAUCACUCGGAGGAACAAUCCGGCGAAACCGGGAGCCGUCACCGGACAAUUGACCUACUUCUCAUUCCUUUCUUCAAUCAAGGAGUGCAGAUAUAAACCGAGCGGCGUGCAUCUUUGCUGA